AUGGGCCGGUCCCCCGUGGAGCUGCGUAUGGGAAGCACCGGGGCAGGCCUCUUUGUGGGCUGCGGCGUGGGCGUGGGCAUCGUAACACCCGUCGCCCUGCACUCAAUCCCGGUUCUCGGCCAGCUGUCAGCCAGCCUGUCAGCCAGCCUGGGCAGCCUGAACGCCGCGACCGGCGGCUUUGCCGGCGCAGCCAGGGGCCGGCUGCGAGGCCUGGGGGUGCGGCACCUGGAUGCCGGCUUUGGCUGCGGCAUGAUGCUGGGGUAUGGCUGGGGCGCGGGCAUCAUGCUGAGCCCCACAGCACAGCAGAGCAUCGGGCAGGGGCUGCAGGCAGCGGGGCGCGCGCUGCUGGCCAAGCUGCCGCAGCCGCUGCAGGCGGCGCUACAGCAGCGGCAGCACGGGCUAGCAGCGCCAGCGGUAGCUGGGCUGGGCGCGGCUGGUGGCCUGGGCAGCGGUAGCUGCAGCGGUGACGGCGGCGGUGGCAGCAGCGCGCUUGGCAGCCCUGCAGCGGAGCAGGGGCCUGGCGCCCGCGCCAGGCAGGAAGAUGAGCGGCCUGCGGCAUACGCGGAGCAGCUGGCGGAGCUGACCAAGCUCGUGCUGAGGCAGCAGAAUCAGCUGGGGGACCUGGGGCUUCAGGACCUCUCCAUGGCCCUGCUGUCCAGUCGCUCGGCGGGGCGGAUGCCCCUGCCGCUGGCGGCGCUGGUGCUGGCGGCGCUCUUCCCGCGGGCUCAAGCCAUCACCGCAGCGGACGUGCUCGCGUUCCGUGCCACCGACGGCUGCAUUUCUGUGGAGCACACAAUCAGUUUCAAAGUACCUGACUUUGUCUUCCCCAACAUCCCGGAAAUCGUGAGAAUGGCAGAUGUGCAUCUUCCGGCAGUGGUAGCAUCAGCAGGGGCCCCCGCCCCCGGCGCUGGCACCUGCCCGAUGCGCAGCGCCCUGCCGCUGCCUCCUGCCAACUUGCUCGGUUCCGCCGUGUGUGCGCCCAUACCCUCCCUUCAGAAGGACGCCGCCGUGGCGGCAUGCCGAAGUUACGGCGAAUUCUGGCAGCUUGCUGGCUUCAACAACAAGCCUUACAACUUGGACGUCAGAAACACACGUGUUGACUACCAGGUCACGUGCUACCGCUGCGGCCUGGAAGACUGCGCGAUGCUGUGGUUCGACAACGAAGCGCAGUGCGCAGGCACCUGCCCUUCCGGCUGGACGCCAGUCACUGUGCCCAUGCGCUCGGGCCCCAUGAUUCCCCAAGGUCAGGGCAACCCAGUGUUGAACGACCCACACUUUGGCAGCCCCUGCUCCGGCGGCCCCGGCAAAGUGCUGUGCUCGCUGUGCGGGCGCAUCGAGUGUGCCGACUGCCGCUACGCCUGGCGUGGUGCGCCCGGGCCCAGCGGGGUCUGUGCGGACUCCGAGUGCCGCCCAGAAGAGAGGCUGGUGGGCACUGAUCUGUACGCAGGAGGCGAGCCGUGCCUCACUGGAAAAAAAUCCCUGUGCGAGAAGUGCGCCCUGCCCAUCGCGUCCUCGCAAGGAGCCAGCGCAACCGCUGCGCGCCGCCCCACCUGCUUCAAGCGCAAGUGCACCAAGCCCAAGCGCAAAGCACGCUUCACCGACAGGCCGGCCUACAGGGUGGCAGGCGUCACCACCUAUGCCGGCUGCUGCAAGCGGUGCCGCAUCGCCACCGGCUGCGUGCGGUUCCAAAUCAGCGCCAAGGGCUGCGCCAUCUACCGCACCGAGCCUCGGCGCAAGGCGGUCAGGGCCGCCGGCUACGUGGUCGGCUACAAUCGCAAGGCCUAG